AUGGAUUCGCCCGGCGACGGAACCACUGUUCCCGCGCCGCCGGCGCCACCCCCGGCGCUGCCGGUGGUGACCCCCAACAAGAAUAGCUUGGAGGCAGAUCUGAAAGACCGUUCCAGCCAGCGUGCCGUGCUGCGGAAGCUCUGGUCCAUCUAUGCUGAGACUGUCUUGCCACUGGAGCAGCAGUCCUUCUACGACCACUUCGGUGCCCCGCCCGUGUCGCGAGAAGAGUUUGAAGCGCGACCACAGGUUUUGCUGUUGGGGCAGUACAGCACGGGCAAAACCUCCAUGGUGCAGUGGCUCACGGGCAUGAGAAGUAACCACUUCGAUGUACGGCCACAGCCCAGUACCGAUAAGUUCAUGGCCUGCGUCCAUGGCAAUGAAGAAUGUAUCAUCCACGGCAAUGCCGCCGCAUGUUUGCCGCAACUGCCCUACCAGGGUCUUGCGCAGUUUGGCGCCGACUUCUUGGGCAGUUUCCAGGCCUUGGUUCUUCCAUCGGAACGUCUUCGGGACAUCACUCUGAUCGACACUCCCGGCGUUCUGUCGGGCCGCAAGCAGAGCAUCGGUCGGGAGUACGACUUCGCGAAGAUCAGCGCGUGGAUGGCGGAGCGCGCCGACCUGGUGCUGCUGACGUUUGAUGCACAUAAACUGGACAUCUCUGACGAGUUUCAACAGGUCAUGGAGGUCUUGAGGCCACACGCCAACAAGGUGCGCUGCGUCCUCAACAAGGCCGAUCAGAUCGAUGCCUCCAAUCUGGUGCGUGUCUAUGGCGCCUUACUGUGGAACGUGGGGAAGGUCUUUCAGACGCCCGAAGUGGCGCGUGUCUUCGUGUCGUCCUUUUGGGAUGAAGCCUACCGCUUCCGGGACCACGUGACACUCUUCGAAGAGGACAAGGCGGCAGUCCUCAAGGAGUUGGAGUCGCUGCCGCACACGGCUUUGCUGCGGAAGAUCAACAACCUCACCGCCCGGGUGCGUCGGGUGCGAACGCAUGUGGUGGUCAUCGGCUACCUACGCUCGAGGAUCCCUUUGCAUCUGAGGGCGAUGGGCGUUGACUCGGCAAUUCGAAAUUGGCUCUGUUCAAAUCUCGAAACUUUGCUAUGCGAGGCACAACGAGUGCACAACUUGUCCAUCGGUGAUAUGCCGAAAUUAGAGGUUCUCCGAGGGAAGCUGAUGGCCUUUGACGGCCUCUUGCGGCUGCCCACCUUGGACCUAGCGGAGGUCCAUCGCUUGGACGAGGUCUUGGAAAAGGAGGCCGCUCUUUCGGCUUCAAAAAGGCUGUCGCAUGGCAGCAGAGCCCCAUUAGGGGGGCAAAGCGACUUGAAGCCAUACGACGGUGAACUUCAAGGUCAUUUGCUUAGCACCUACAUCCUGCUCACCUUGGACGUUUUGCUGAACCUCUACAAUUCGAUCCAGGACUUUGCUCACUACGUGACAAAGCCCAAAGAUGGCAACAGUCUGGCAGAGAUGACUGAGAUAGCUCGAGUUGUAGCCAAUGCAGCUUCAGUGGCAGCAGAAGCAGCAAGAGCAGCACAGGCAACUUCGAGUGGAGAGCGCAAAAAGGAUCUCUACCGCCUCAUUCCUCGACCACCAACUUUUGCACCAAGUGAUAGGGAUCAAGAAGUCAGCCAAUGGAGAGACUGGUACUGGGCUUUCAAGCAGUAUCUCUUGGUGGUUGAUGGAAAAUAUGAGGAUGACAUAGCCUAUGUGGAGCGCGCCACCGAGGAGGUGGACUGGGAUCUACUUGAUUCAGAUGAACAACACAGAGCACGCUUCAUGUACUCCUUGCUCAGCACGCUCUUGCAGGGACGCUUGUUGAGUUUGGUCAGGGGGAUCGAGAAAAGCAAUGGAAUGGAGGCACUUCGACAGCUUCUACAAAACUGUCAACCUCGUGCAAGGAAUCGAACCAUGGCCAUGUUGCAAAGUUUGAUGAGUUACCCUGCCUUCAACAUGAAGGGCAGUGUCAUGGCUCAGGUGGUUAGAAUGGAGGAGCACUUCAACCAGUUUGAAAAGAUGGGUGGAAAACUCACUGAUGAGAUGAAAGCUGCGGUCCUGCUCAAGUGCAUUUCAGGGCCUUUGAAGAUUCAUUUGAACCUUUCUUUGAACGAGUCUUCGAGCUAUGCAAAGAUUCGUGAAGUCAUUCAGGCCUAUGACACAGCGACAACGAAGUGGACAGAUGGAGCCAUCAAUUCCUUUCCUCUACAACCUCUUCAAGCAGGUGGUGGACUUGCAGUGAAAAGAGUUUCAGUUUGCCCUGGUGAUGGUGAAGCGAGUGAAUCUCCCGUGGUCUUUGAUCUGAGGAGCUCUUCGUCUUCAAGCUGGAACUACGUGCGUAUGGUGAAGUUCUUCUACAUCGAUGAGGAGCUGGAGGAGCCAGUUUCUUUGAGGAGUGCAACAGUCAUGGACAACAAGGUGGAAAAGUACGAGGUGGAUGGAAGUGAAGUCAGCAUCAUCAUUGACUCAGGUCUUCAAGCCUAUGUGGACCAUGCCUUUGGAUGGAGCAAAGAAGGUGAACGAUGGGUUGGAAUCCAUCUCAGCUCCAAGUACCAGAACCCGCUCUUCAUCCCCAACUUGGACUACAACAUCGAAUGGUUUCGAACUACGCUCAUCAAGAAGGACCAGACUUGGAUCAUGGUGGAGUUCUGCGAGAAGGUUUCUGAGAUGCUGGAUCCAGAGCUCUACAUCGAUGAGACAGCUGGACGAACAACAGUUGUUACCUUCUUGACAGAUGGCUUUGAGGAUGUGGAGAACAUGGGUUUUCAAGUUGAAGGUGGAGCUGAUCGAGAAGAACUGGAAUUGCUGGAAGGCGAGAUUCAGCCCUACUACGACAUCCCCAUGGACGAGGAGUUGGAACAGCGUGAAGUUGCUGAAGCUCAACUACAACCUGGACAUCGAGAACAAGCUGGUGAUGAUCAACAUGGAGAACCUCCCUUGGAUGCUGGUGGACAAGAUCUACAUCGAGGUCAACUACAACCUCAAGUUCCUCAAGAAGGUCACAUCGUGGUCGGAGAGGUUAUCCCUGCUGAGAUCGAAGUGAAUGUGCAGGUGCUUUCAGCUUCGAGCACUUUGGCAACUUUGAGAGCUGCAUGUGGGUUCUAUGGUGUGAGCAAAACUGGGUCAAAAGCCAAGUGUUACAGGCGUUUGUGCCAACACCAGAAGACACUUGAACUUUUGGCUGCAACAGCUGCUGUAGCUCAAGCAGAAGGAGUGGUUGAACGACAUCCCAAUGCUCAAACUCUUGCAAAGGUUCCUGAUGAACGUGAACUUCAUGCUCUCACCCACACACCAUAUGCUCCUUGGUGCUCGUCAUGCCUGAAGCAUCGUGCCAGACCAGAUCAACAUCGUCGCACUGGUGAAGCUCAUGACACUCCAGUGCCAGUGGCUUCCAUGGACUUUGCAGUCACCAAGAAGAAGGAUGGGCUAGCAGAAAACCCAGAAGGAGCAGCUGAAGAUAAGGGAGCUCUAUGGCUUGUGCUCACUGACAGCCACACGGGCUACCUUGGAGUGAUCCCCAUCCAGUCCAAGGGCCAGAUCAACUACAUGACUCACGAGGUGCUUAGCUUUGUCCAGAGUUUGGGAUAUGCUGAAGUUGGUUUUUACGGUGACAACGAACCCACAAUUCGGCAGAUCCUCAGAACAAUCAUCACCUCACGACAUGCUCUUGGUUUGAAAACAAGGAUCUACACCACGAAGGUGAAGGACUCAGCUGGAAAUGCCCUGGUGGAAAAUAGCAUUCAAAGGAUUCGACAAUUGGCAUGUACCCUUGUUGAAGAUGUUUGCGAGCGCACUGGACUUGUUUUUCCGUGUGAACAUGCUUUGUGGAGCUGGGCUGGACGGCAUGCUGCAUGGUGUCUAAACCGUUUUCAGGUUUGGAAGUCACUGACUGCCUAUGAAGUGACUCAUGGAAAAAGAUAUGGAGGAAAGACAGCUUGCUUUGCUGAGCCGGUCUAUGCCUACUGCAAGGGUCGUGGAAAAGCUGAUGCCAAAUGGCGAGUUGGUUUGAUGCUUGGAAAGACGGAAGCUCAAGACGCAUGGAUCAUCGGUGAUGGUGUUGAUGUGAUGCUUAGCCGAAGCAUUCGAAGAGUUGAUCAACCUUGGAACCGUUUUCUGGCUUACUACAUGGGACUCCAAACACACAGCUAUGUCUACCAGACCAACUUUGGUGGAAGGAUCGUCGUCUUGAAGCUCAACGUGAAGUUCAAGAAGCUUUGGAUGCUCUACCAGAACAAGUUCCUCCUGGAGUUGCAGUACGAGUUGAAGAUCCACCUGAUGAACCACAACCUCCUGGACAAGAAGGAGGAGCCUUCAACAAAGAGAACACGACAUGAGGAGAAUGUUGCAAGAAGAAUUGAAAUGGUGGAGCGAAGAUUGGUGGAAGUGAACAUUGGUGAGGAUCAGUUCUAUCACCUGGACAAUGUCAUCGACCAGGACUUUGUCAACGCCUUUGAGUCCGAGGACAUGGAGGUGGAUGAGAAGGUUGCCAUGGAUGUGAAUGCGAUGGAAAAGCUUUGGUCAGAUGAUGCUCUCACACGAGAUGCAUUUCUCAUGGCCAACCAAGAACAACCAGUUCAGAUCGGCACCAAGAAUGGCAAGUUCAAAGUGCUGAAAAACCUUCCUGGGCAGCGCAUGGCUGCAAAAGCGUGGUAUGAAUACAUUGCUACGUUUUUGGAAAAGAAAGGCAUCAAGUUUUCGAAGGAGAACCCAUGCCUGGGAAAACGUGGUGACAGACUUUUUAUCCUUUUGCAUGUGGAUGACAUGAUGGUUUGUGGCUUCAAGGACGAGAUCCAGAAGCUGAUCAGCGAGCUGAAGGCUGAGUUUGUCAUCUCGCACAAGAUUGCUCAGUAUGUUGGAGAUGAGUUUGAGUUCUUGAAAAGGACUUACAAGUUGACAGAAGAUGGGAUGGAUGUCAUUCCUGGUCACUACGCUGAGACGAUGAUCAAGGCGUUUGAGGAGAAGUACGGCCAGGUGAAACAACAGCAAGUUCCAUGUGGAGAUGAAGCACAAGAGAUUUCGAACUCCAUGCUGCUACCUGGUGACGAAGCCUCGCUUUUUCGUUCUUUGGUGGGGAGUGGAAUCUAUCUCUCACAGGAGCGCAUCGAGCUGGGCUAUGUCAUCAAGCAGUUGGCAAGCGGCAUGAGCAGCCCAACCUAUGGUCAUUUGCAGGUCAUGAAGAAGCUGAUUGGAUACCUCAAAUCGACUGUGGGCAACUACAACCACUUGGAGCUUCCCAGCUAUGGCAAGGGCAUCCACCACCACUAUGACUCAAAAUGGGUUUUGGAAAGCUUCACAGACUCUGACUGGUCUGGAGAAAGGAUGACACGGCGGAGUACAAGCAGCAGUGUUCAUUGCCUCAACGGGAUCAUCCUGUGCCACAGCAGCAGAGGUCAGAAGGUUGUUAGCCUUUCAUCUGCUGAAGCAGAACUUCAUGGACUUGUUGGAGGAGCAGUUGAUGGAAUAGCUCUACGAGUUUGCAUCGAGUUCCUGAUGGAUGUGAAGGUCCAACAUGUAUGCCUGAUCGACAACUCUGCAACCCGGCAGAUUUCAAACAAAAGAGGAAGCGGACGUCUACGCCAUGUUUCAGGGAAACUACUUUGGAUACAAGAUCAAACGAGUGCAAAGGUGCUGGAGGUCAAGCAGAUCAGCACUGCCCUGAACAUUGGUGACAUUGGUACAAAGCCUCUUGGACGCCAUCGACUCUAUGCUUUGAUGUUUUGGUGUAACCUCUACAACAAGGACGGCAUCCCCAUUGGAGAAGCUGAAGCAACACAGGUGAAAGAAAACAACAUCAGCAAGGCGAAAAUCAUGCGGGUGGCAAAGCUUUUACAAGCGAUGGUGGUGAUUGGCGGCCUUGAGCAGGCACACGGAGAACUUCUUCCAUUUCGAAUGGACCUUGAACCCAUCACACCCGUGGAAGCGAAGAUUUGGUUUUCCUUUGAGAUGUUCUUCAUCCUGUUCUUCAUGGCGGUGCUGGCAGGUUUCUUUGUGGUGUACAAGGCCUACAUUGGACUACGUCGUGAACUUCGACAACUUCGUGGAGAACUACAAGUACGACAAGAUCAGAUGAAAGAUCGACAAGAUGAUCUUAGCAAUGAGUCAGCAAUGCAGCACAUUCAUGUAACUGCAAUGCAUGUGGCUUUGAUUCGACUUGGCGGCUACGUGGACUUGAACCAGGCCAUUACAGAACAAGACUGGGACAACUGGCAUUACAUCGAACGUGGAAAUCGUGUUGAAGAUGAUCGAGUUUGCCGACGCGGACUUCGACAUCUACGCCGAGCAGUUCGCACAAGACGCAGGAGGAGACAUGAAACUCCUGAAAGAGAACCACGAGGUCCUCGAUAUGAUGCCAGCCAAUCUCGAGACAGAGAUCCAGCAGAAGAUGAAAAUGCAGGAGAUGACAAUGCUCCUGAGAACAUGUCCCAGGAGGAGUACAACAGGAGGAUGGAGUCAGAGAAUCCAGAAGAUUGGCCGAGUGAACCCCAAGAAGUACGCCGUCAGCGUUACUUGAACUCAACUCUCAGCGAGUGCUCUGAUCCAGACGAAUGGAUGAGUCUACAUCAUGGUGAACCUGGUGUCGGACUUUACUAUGAAGGAGACGAGCCCAAUGACGAAGGAGAAGAAAGUGAGCCUACAGGAGAUGAAUCUCCAGUUCCUAGCGAGAAGGACACUGUGGUGAGCGAAUUCAUGCGGGACGAGUACAUCGAGUGGCCCCGCUACGAUUUCUCAGCAUCACAGGACAGAGCUCAACUUUCUGCUUUGCAAUGGAUCAGGGACUUCAGCCUACGAAAGGCACGAGCAAUUCGAGAUGAGAAUGAGAGAUUGGUUUCAUGGUGCAAUGAUCAAAUGAAUCAGCACCGACUGUAUAGCAGAGUAGGAUCAAUCACACUGAACGAGUAG